AUUUAGAAGUAAAAAUAUCUUGUAUUUACAGACCUCAUCAUGUGACUACAACAGAUUCCACUUGAACCUUGACCUAUACUGGAAUACAUUAGAAAUCUUGUGUCUGUUAGAAGAUAAAUUUACUGAUCCUUUACCCCUGAAGAAAAUAAGUUCUAGUUACAGUUCUGAUGAUGUUGAAAGUAGGUCACUGCUGCCUCAGAUGGUACAGAUUGUAGUGUGGGAACUUAUAGCCAUAGCAAUCUCAAAUUUCCAGAAGAAGCAGAGUCAGGACCUAAUUCACAGUUCUCCUUUUGACUGUAACUGUGUACAUGAUAUGUGGAAGUUAUUGGCUUGUCUGUUGAACCAUAAAGGGGAGUCUUUUUGGGUCAACUUACAUGAAGUAAUACAGACUUUGUUAGGAGCUGAAAUUAAAGUACCAGAAGAUGUAGAAAUAGACAGUGAUGUAUACAUGUACCCACCAGUAGAUAACAUUACUUUGAAUGAUAACAGUAAAUUCUGUAUCUGGAUGAUUACUAAUGUGGCCAUAGUGGUUAGAGGCAAGGAGGAUGAUAAAAUUGUAACAGCUAGUAAUUAUUAUGAUGUAAAUGCUGUUAUAAAGAAAGUUGUUAAUAAGGGAGAAGUAAAUGAAUUAGACCUACGUUUUUACUUACGAUGUUGUCAGCAGUUAUGUACGAUCUGGGAACCAAAUAUAAAUCUACUAGUGAUAUUUUGGGAUUAUUUCUACAAACGAAUGAACAGUACAUUCCAGUUGAAAACAGUAUCAAUAGACAGUUUACAGACAGUUAGCAAAACAGCUGUAGACCUACUUGAAAAAUGUAAAAAGUACAGUUCUGGCCAAAAAGCAACUAAACAGAAUGAGACAAGUUAUCAGUUAUACCUAGGACUAUUGGGAAAUCACCUGAGACGUUUAGUAGAAACACAUUCCAUGCAGGAGUGGAAACAGAUGAAGGGGAGAAUAUAUUCCAAAUUUCACCAGAGAAGAAUACAAGAAUUAACAGAGACAGGACUAAACAAUUUCACCAGUUUAUUUCUAUGUUUAGCUCUUACCGCUGAUUUAGAAGAUGUUAGUACAAAGCUAUGUGGAUUCUACGACAUGAUAGAGGUAAAUCGUCAAAAUGUGGGCAAGUUAACAAUGACGUGGAAAGGCAUGUUUGCAUUGAUGUUUCUAUAUUUAGAAAGGAACAUGGAUGUCAAAUUCAUUGCAACUAAAAUUGCAACCGCCUUCAGUAAUAUUUGUUUAGAAUUUGAAGUAUUUGAAUCGGAUCCAGGUUUUAGACAUAGUUUAUGGAAGUUGAUCAAUGUAUAUUUAGAUGGAACACAAGAAAUAUUUGAUUCUUCAAAAGAUGUCUGUUUAUCUCAGUAUUUGCUGAUAGGAGAAGGCUACUCUAAGUUGUUAAAGACAUGUAGAAAUAAUGAGGUACCAACAGUAAUAUCAGGAUUACAGGAUAUUAUUAGUAAAGUCAGGCAGACAAGUUUAACAGAUAAGAGAGAUGUGUUUAACGUUACAAGUGGUAAUUUCCAACAAGCUGAAGUAUUCCACAAUGCAGUAUUUUGUAACAUCUAUCCACCUGUUAGAGACCUUUGUCAGAGUCAAACAGCACAAGUACAGUUAGCAGACAUAUUGGCUGAGAUUUCAUUAUUGGCAUUAGAUUGUAAACCAGACGAUUAUUUCACUGUAAUGAAGUUGAUGUUGAACUGUGAAAAUAUAAAUAAAAAUAUUGUAUGCAGAUACCUCAGUCACAUUGUUACAGUUGAUAAUGCCCUUGACCUUUUAUCAAGUCACAUGACCAACUAUCAAACUGCAUUGAUACAAACCUGGAUAAGAUGUGCUGUAUUGGUGCCUGCUUCAUCACAACAACUUCAGGCCCUGAACAGAAGCAUGCUGAAUCUACCAGCUGUACAAGGUAUCUUAAACAAAGCCAGCUACAUUGUACCAGACGAACAUGACAAGAUCAUAUUCCAUGUGUUCAAAGCUAUACAGAACUUGUAUGAUAAAUUAGAGAAUUGGAAAGAGAAGAUAGAACUUCGUGACCAAGUGACAGAUUAUGUGAAGGAUAUUCAUCGCCACGUCACGCCAUUCUUACAGACAUUCCGACCAAUGGAUACUCUAUCUACAGCUUAUUCUGUUAUAGGCUACCUUAUCAAGUGUUGUGCUAACCUGUUGUAUGUCAAGUCCAAACCCAACUGUCCACUGCCUGACAUUAUAAACACAAUGAUUGUACCACACACAUUGUUCAAGAAAGAUAAACCAACAAGUCCUGUCUUCUUGGGAAUCAUUAGAGAUCACUUACACUUGUUUGUUAGUGGAUUAGCCAAUCUUGAUUUUAAAAGAGACCCUUUCAUACAGAGAAGGUUAAAGGACAUUAUAACAAUAUAUCUGGUCAAAUUCUGGAACUCAGCAGGAAGUACUUCAUCCCUUGUUCACCCAUUAGUAAUGUCUUUGAAAGGAAGUUAUGGUCGUCAGCCAGUAGAAUCUUCUGUGAGCUUUAGGCAAUAUAUAUUUGAGCUGGUUAAAGAGACCUUUAUGGUGAUAUCUCCAACAUAUAAUUUGCCAGAAAAUUAUCAGAUGUCCCUGUAUUUUGCAAGAGAUGUAAUCAACAGAACAGUAAACAAAGAAGUCAUAGCCAGUGAUUUAUGUAUCCUUGUUUGUCCAGUUCUCAGUAUACAUUUACAAUGUGACUCUAUAUCUACCCAGCAUCUAUGUCAAACCCUCCUUCAACAGAUGGUGGAGGCAGGAAUCUCUCAUCCACAUGUUGGUACAAAGGAGGUGGUUGGAGAACAGAUUAUGAACUUUUUAUCAAAAUUUAAGAAGGUGAAGCUAAACCAGGCAAUAAAGACAUUAGAAAAGUUACCAAAAUCAGGCAACUGUUAUAUACAGAAGAUUUUACCCAGGAUAGAACAUGUGAUUGUGGAGUAUGAAUCCUUCAGGGGCACAGGACAGGAUACAAAACUAAGGUAA